AUGAUCUGGUUCUGCCUGGAAUCGCUGUACGAACUCGUGUACGCCGUUCUCUUCAUCGGCAUAGUCAUCUUCGACGCGCUUCGUAAUCCCGAAAGAAUUCCCGGUGAGAGCGAGGUGAGAGCGAGGGAACGUGAUCAGGCCAUGAAGCAGGAGUGGAUGGACAAGGUGUUCCAUGAAGCAAACAGGGGACUCAAGACCAAUACCGUCGAAUCAGUUCAUCCUUCUCUUUUGGUUCUCAAAGAGCUGCUAGAGCUUGUCCAUGAAUCAGCGCUAUAUCAACAGUUGAAACCAACACUUACUUCGCUCGUAUCAUAACUCAACUUGUGAACCCAACAGAGUUGUUCCGAAACGUUCCAUGCUUGCACGCAGGUUCUCAUCCCGUCACCGCUUGCCCUUCAACAGUUCCGGAGUGCCCUUCUGCGAGCAGUUGACAGUCUGAGCUUGAAAUUUCAGUCGAAUAUCGUGAGCGAUGUAUGGUGAAGACACAUUCCGACCAUCUGUGAGGUUAUUCUGGUGUAAUAGAAGAGGGAGAGAACGUGCUCAAGCCCUCCUCCAAUAGAGUUUCGGCUUCUCGUAGAGUCGUAGUAAAGAUCGAUGAGCAACGAUGAGUAUUGCAACCAAUCGGGUUUCUUGUCUUGCGUGAUGUCCGAGUCUAACAUUUCGUAGACCAACCUAUGCCUGCUGAACAUUUUUGUACUCUGUUGAUAGAAGUUAUAAACCUCUUCCAGAGUUUUG